AUGAAGCUCAUCACUGCUGCAGCGAUCCUCGCUUGGGCCUCGGAGCGCACCGCGGCUGCCACGGCCGGGGUCCAGAGCCCCCAAAGCGCUUGUUGCACAGCGCUGGCCAAGGACAAGAACCUCGUGGGCAAGAUCAUCAAUCCCACAAAUGCCCUCUACAGCCAGCGUCUUGACACGUACUACUCCGCCAACGCGGCUCAGGAGCCAUGGUGCAUGGUGCUGCCCCUGGGCACCGCCGAUGUAGCUGCCACCGUGAAGAUCCUGACGAAGAACCAGUGUCCCUUUGGCAUGAGGAGUGGUGCUCACUCCGCCUGGGCAGGGUCCAACGGCAUCAAGGACGGAGUGACUAUUGACUUUGCGUACAUGAACACGACGACCUACAACAAGGCAGCAGGAACUGCUUCCAUCCAGCCUGCCGUUGGCGGUCGGGCAUCUGUUGUCGGUGUUGGCGGCUUCACGACCGGCGGCGGUUACUCCUUCCACUCCAACUCUGAGGGGUUCGCCUGCGACGCUGUUGCCAACUUUGAGGUUGUCCUCGCCGAUGGCAGGGUGGUCAACGCCAACGCCAAACAAAACGCCGACCUCUGGAAGGCUCUCAAAGGUGGUUCGGGCAACUUUGGCCUCGUCACGCGUAUUGACCAAUACGUUGUCGACUCAAACUUGAUGUGGGGAGGUCUCAGCACGUACGACACGAGCAAACGCGAUGAGCUCUUCAACGCAUAUUUGAACUUUGGCAACAACAUGGACAAGGACCUCGCCAGCCAGAACAUCAUUGCAAUGAUCUACAACUCUGCAGGGUUCAUUUUUGUGUCCGUUUUGAGCAACAUCGAUGCCAUUGAUAACGCGCCCGCUUUCAACGAGUAUCGCGUCAUCCAGAACACGUCAAGCACGGCCCGCAUCGCCCCCGUCGCUCAGCUCGUUCCCGACUUCACCGGCCCGACUCCUCUCGGACUCUAUGCAAGCUGGAUGAAUGGCAUGACGACACAUGAGCUCCAUGUCAUGGAGUUCAUCCAACAGGCGCAUCAAGAAUACGUCGGCAAGAUGAAGGCAGCCGCUCCGAGCUCCAACUUUGAAGUGCUGCUACAGUUCCAGCCCGUGACGCAGUCGAUUGUCAACCACAGUGUCCGCAAGGGUGGCAACGUCCUCGGUCUCGAGACCAUCGUCAAGGACGGCCCGGUUCUAAUGUGGCUGAUUGCUCUCACCGUUGACACGCCUGCGAACCAGGAGAAGAUCCUGCCCAUUUGCCUUCAGCUCCGUGAUGCAAUAAACGCCUAUGCCGACAAGACUGGUUCGCAGAAGAACUGGGAAUUCCUCAACUAUUCCUUCAGCGACCAGGACCCUAUCUCCAGGUACGGCGCGAAGAAUAUUGCACACGUCAAGGCUGCGUCCAAGAAGUACGAUCCCAAGGGUGUCUUCCAGAAGCUGCGCCGUACUGGAUUUAAGCUGCCCGCCUGA